AUGGUCGAUCCACCCGUCGGCACCUGGGAUCGCCUCUUUCAUCAGCACGUCUUGCUGGUCUCGCCUCCCGUCGAGGACAUAAUUCAGUAGGUGAAAAUCUCGCGACCAAGAGUGCAUCCAGAUCGCCUUCUCCCGUGUCGGAAGGCGGAAGAACGUGUUUGUCACGAUAAAAGGGGGCUCUGAGCAGGUUCGUAGGUGGGACAGGCCAUUGUCAUUGAAGCCCUCAAGAGCUUGGAGAUCCAGCACUCCCCUCCAGGGAUCAAGGCAUGUGCCGACGUUGCCAGCAAAGGACAAUUAAUUUAUCCGCCUUCUUCACAGUCGCCGGGAGAGCGUGAAAGCCCUCGUAGAAUUUGUUCCUUGCAGCAACAGGGCUGGUCAUCGGGGGAGCGUAGACGCUAACGAUGGUGUCGAAUUUGCCUCUCCGGAGAGGCUGGCAGAGUCUCAUCAGCCGGCCGUUUAUGCUCUGCAGCAGACAAGGCAUUCGUCCCACGAUGUCAUACCGGAAGGCAAAGGCGACGCCGGCUUCAUAUCGUCCUACCUUUGGGAGGCUGCUCCAGAAGAAGGUGUAACCGCCACCCACCCUACUCCAGUUGGCCUUGUUCAGAAAAUCGGGUUUCGCUGAGUGCGGCGAUGUCCACCUUGUAGCUCGUCAGUUCUAAAAUGAUUAGCGCCGUCCUCCCCUCCUGUCGGUUGCUCUACUUAGAGUUUAAAAGGGGACGAAAAUUGCAGGCUGUCAGAGUUAGCGGAUUCAUCCAAGCAGCGUGUGGAGUGGGGCGGAGGGAUGGAGGAGGAGGAGGAGGAGGAGGAUGAGGAGGAGGAGGAGGAGGAGGAGGAGGAGGAGGAGGAAGAGGAGGCAGAAGAGCGAGUUUUCGACCGCAAAUACUUCAAGAAUUUUUCAGACAACUGCGGGUUGCAGUGUCGACCAAACUGA